CGUUUCUAACGUCUCUAACGUGUGAAAUGUGUAUCGUGUCUCUAAAUAUUUCUUCGUUAUUUCUUCGAUAAUUAUUAAAUAAUCAUGAGUUAUUGCAUUGUUGUUGGAUGCAAAAAUCGCAACGUAAAAAAGAAUUAUGAACAAGAAAUAGAAGAAGCUAGAAACCGAAAGUUUUCGUUUCAUUUAUUUUCACAGAAUAUUAAAAGAAAAAAUAAGUGGCUUGAAGCCAUAAAUUUAAAAAAUUAUAUUCCACGAAAAAAGCAGCUGUUUGUUCUGCUCAUUUCAGAGAAGAUGAUUAUGAACCAAAAUACUUGUUUCUUGCUUGAAGAACGAUCAGAGAAUCAAGAAAGAAUACAAAAUCAAGAAACAAAACGUGUUAAAAAAAGUAUAGAACAUCAUACAGUUGGUUCUUCCGAUGGCGCUACAGCUGAAAUCGAGCCUUGGCCUCCUCAUACAGCUGGUUCUGCUUCUUCCGAUGGCGCUACAGCUGAAAUCGAGCCUUGGCCUUCUCAUACAGCUGGUUCUGCUUCUUCCGAUGGCGCUACAGCUGAAAUCGAGCCUUGGCCUCCUCAUACAGCUGAUUCUGUUUCUUCCGAUAGCGCUACAGCUGAAAUCGAGUCUUGGCAUCCUCAUACAGCUGCUGGUUCUGCUUCUUUCGAUGGCGCUACAGCUGAAAUCGAGCCUUGGCAUCCUCAUACAGCUGGUUCUGCUUCUUCCGAUGGCGCUUCAGUUGAAAUCAAGCCUUGGGCUCUUUGUACAGCUGCCAAUACAAUGAUAGAUCCUUCGACUAGCGUACCUAAUAUAAUGGUGGAUCGGUCAACUAGCGUCUCUCCUGAGAGAAUAUUAAACUCGCCAACAAAAAUCCGAUUACGAGAAUUUCAUACACGUGAAAAGAUGAAUAUAAAACGAAAAUUGGCUGUCAGUGAUUAUACUAAGAAAAAAACUUCAACGACAACUGAAUUCUUUGAAGGAUCUUUUAAAAGAAUUACGAAAAAAGGAUCUUAUAACAGUAGAGGAUAGCGAUAUAUUACAACAUAUAGAUGCAAAGUUGGUUCAAACAUCCAACUAGUGAUACCGAUGUUUACGCAUUUUUGGAUCCCAGUCAUGCGUUAAAAUCGGUUCGAAAUACUCUUGGCGGUAUGAAAAUACUUCUUGAUGAAGAUGGUAAUAAAAUACAAUGGCUACAUUUCGAGGAAUUGCACAAGUUACAAGAAGUAGAAGGGUUACUUAGCUAAUAAGCUUAGAGUUAAGCAUAUAGACUAUUCUAAGAAUAAAAUGAAAGUUAAAUUAGCAUCGCAAUUACUGAGUACAUCUGUUGCAAAUGCAUUGCAAUUGUGUAAAGACAAAUUAAUGUUACCGCAAUUCCAAGAUUGUUCUGCAUCUAUUAGAUUUACAGUUAUAUUUGAUAACCUGUUUGACAUCUUCAAUUCAAGAAAUCAAAGGCAACAUGGUUUUAAAAAGCUAAUAAGUUGUAAUAAUUAUUUUGAAAUUAUUCAAAAAGUCGAUGAAUAUUCACAAUACAUUAAAUCAUUGUUUAUUGAUAAACCAUGUCAAGGUAUACUCCAAUCUAAAUUUAAGACAGGUUUUUUCAGUUGGCUGAUAAAUAUUCAAAGUAUGCAACAGAUGUACAAAUUUCUUUGUAUUGACAAUGCAUAUUUAAAGUACAUUUCAAUGUAUAAAAUUAGUCAAGAUCAUCUCGAGUUAAUUUUCGGUAAUAUACGAUCCUGUGGUGGGUACAAUAACAAUCCUACAGUACAACAGUUCAAGUCUGCUUUCAAAAAAUUAAUAAUACACACAGAAAUAAAAGAAGGAAAUACCGGUAAUUGUAUACCUUUAGAAGAAAUUUCUAUAUUAAAUAUUUCAUCUAAUCUAAAGCAAUCAAAAAAUCCGGUUAACAUUAUAAAUGAGACAGCAAAUGAAAAUUCACAAAAAUGGCUCAGUGAUUUAGAUACAGCAUAUAUUGAUCAUGAUUAUUGUUUAGAAAUUCCGUUAUCUCUUACAGAAUACAAAAAUGAAGUUAUCACUUAUUUAGCAGGAUAUAUAGCAAGAAAACUUAUGAAAACUUUACAUUGCGUUGAAUGCGUUGGCGCAUUAAUAGAACAAAAUGCAGACACAAAAAAUAAUUAUAAUUUAAUUAAUAUAAAAAACAGGGGAUCUUUAAUAUACUCAUCAAAAAACCUUGUGUAUAUAUGCAAAAAGAUUGAAAACACAAUACGUCGUUAUUUGUGUGAAAAUGAAACAUUGAGUCAUUUUAAUAUGAAUACUUUUGUAUGCAAUGUUAUGGAAGAACUUAUACAUAUAAAUAUAUUUCCAGAAUUGAAAGAACACGUAAACGAUCAAUGUUUUUGUAGUAAUCAUGUAAACCAUUUAUUACGUAUUAUUAUAGAAUCAUAUACAAAAACUAGAUUAGCACAUUACAUACAAAAUGUUCGCAUUAGUGAUAGGCAUAAAU